CAUCCAUAAAUGGCGAGAUCUUCUUCCUCUGCUUUGUAGUGCAUCCAUUGAAGGAUCUAGUUUCACAUAUUUCUCGGUUCUCAAAUCUCAACCAUUCCUUGGACCACGCAAACUAUUUGAUCCAUUUCCUGGCUAGACGAUGGCACAGUUUUCACUUCAUGGAACUCUUCAUGUCACGAUCUUCGAAGUUGACCGGCUCAAAUCCGGUGGAGGAGGAGGAGGAAAUUUCUUCUCCAAGAUUAUGGAUAAUAUUGAAGAAACUGUUGGUAUUGGAGAUGGAACACCAAAAAUCUAUGCAACUAUUGAUCUAGAAAGGGCAAGAGUUGGAAGGACAAAACUCAUAGAAAAUGAACCCAACAAUCCAGUAUGGAACGAGUCUUUUCACAUCUACUGUGCUCAUAUGGCUUCAAAUGUGAUAUUUACAGUCAAAGAUGAUAACCCAAUUGGAGCAACUUUAAUCGGAAGAGCAUAUUUGCCUGUUGAAGAACUCUUGAAUGGUGAUGAAGUUGACAGAUGGGUUGAGAUCUUAGACGAAGAUAAGAACCCUGUACAAGCUGAAUCCAAGAUCCAUGUGAAAUUACAGUUUUUCGAUGUUACCCGUGAUCGUAAUUGGUCUCGUGGGAUUAAAAGUUCUAAAUUCCCUGGUGUUCCUUACACUUUUUUUCCACAAAGAACUGGUUGUCGGGUAUCUUUGUUUCAGGAUGCUCAUGUUCCUGAAAACUUUAUACCCCAAAUCCCUUUAGCUUCCGGUCAAGAUUACCAGCCACACCGAUGUUGGGAAGAUGUAUUUGAUGCUAUUAGUAACGCGAAACAUUUGAUCUACAUUACUGGUUGGUCUGUGUAUGCUGAAAUCACCUUGAUAAGGGAUUCAAGGAGGCAGAAACCGGGAGGAGACAUUACUCUUGGUGAUCUUCUUAAGAAGAAGGCGAGUGAAGGUGUUAGAGUUCUUAUGCUCGUUUGGGAUGAUCGAACCUCUGUCGGUUUACUAAAGAAAGACGGGUUAAUGGCUACUCAUGAUGAAGAAACAGAGCAAUACUUUCAAAACACAGACGUUCAUUGCGUGUUGUGUCCUCGUAAUCCAGAUGAUGGAGGGAGCACGAUUCAAAAUCUUCAAAUCUCGACCAUGUUUACCCAUCAUCAGAAAAUCAUUGUAGUUGAUCAUGAACUGCCUUCCCCAGAGGGAUCAUCAGACAGGAGGAGGAUUGUUAGUUUCGUGGGUGGUAUUGAUCUUUGCGAUGGAAGAUACGACACACCUUUCCAUUCGCUUUUCCGAACGUUGGAUACAGCCCAUCAUGAUGAUUUCCAUCAACCCAACUUCACAGGAGCCUCUAUCACGAAAGGUGGACCGAGGGAGCCGUGGCAUGAUAUCCACUCGAAGCUUGAAGGCCCGAUUGCUUGGGAUGUCUUGUUCAAUUUUGAACAAAGGUGGAGAAAGCAAGGAGGGAAAGAUAUAUUGGUUAACUUGAGAGAGCUCGAGGAUAUUAUCAUUACCCCUUCUCCUGUUACGUUCCCUGACGAUCAUGAUACGUGGAAUGUUCAAUUAUUCAGAUCGAUCGACGGUGGAGCUGCUUUCGGGUUUCCAGACUCGUCAGAAGAUGCAGCCAAAGCUGGACUUGUGAGCGGGAAGGAAAAUAUAAUCGACAGAAGCAUUCAGGAUGCUUAUAUACAUGCAAUCCGACGAGCCAAGGAUUUCAUUUACAUCGAGAAUCAGUAUUUCUUAGGAAGUUCGUUUGGCUGGCAAUACGAUGAUAUUAAGGUUGAGGAUAUCGGGGCAAUGCACCUUAUUCCUAAGGAACUAUCUUUGAAGAUUAUUAGCAAAAUCGAGGCUGGGGAGAGAUUUACGGUGUAUAUCGUGGUGCCAAUGUGGCCUGAAGGGCUACCUGAAAGUGGUUCAGUUCAGGCUAUAUUGGAUUGGCAGAGGAGAACUAUGGAAAUGAUGUAUAAAGAUGUGGUUCAAGCUUUACAAGCCAAGGGUCUUGAAGAAGAUCCUAGGGAGUAUUUGACGUUUUUCUGCCUUGGUAAUCGCGAGUUGAAGAAGAGCGGCGAAUAUGAACCUGCAGAACAACCUGAUCCUGAUUCGGACUAUAUUAGAGCUCAGGAGGCUAGGCGUUUCAUGAUAUAUGUUCACGCAAAAAUGAUGAUUGUUGAUGAUGAGUACAUAAUCAUUGGAUCUGCUAACAUCAACCAAAGAUCAAUGGAUGGGGCGAGGGACUCAGAGAUUGCGAUGGGAGCUUAUCAACCGUUCCAUUUGGCUGCAAGAGGAGCGGCUCGGGGUCAGAUUCAUGGUUUUCGUUUGGGACUAUGGUACGAGCAUUUGGGCAUGCUGGAUGAACUAUUUCUAAAGCCAGAGAGCGUUGAGUGUAUCAAGAAGGUGAACCAGGCUGCUGACAAGUAUUGGGAUUUGUACUCGAGUGAGGAACUUGAACGCGAUCUUCCGGGCCAUUUGCUUCGUUACCCGAUUGGUGUAUCGAGCGAAGGUGAGGUCACGGAACUUCCAGGAUUCGAGAAUUUUCCCGAUACGAAGGCGAGGGUUUUGGGUGGAAAAGUUGACUAUAUGCCUCCAAUUCUCACAACCUAAGCUAAUUAUAAUAAUUUACUGCCCCUCAACAAAUAAAUGGCUUACCUUUGAUUUUUAUCUAUUAUUGUUUUGUGCCAAGUGAAGUUAACAAGAACUACUGCCUUUGUUAUACGAUGUUAGACUCACUUUUAAUUAAGGAACAUCAUGUUUUGUUUUGUUUUGUUUAUUUAUGGAAUGUGUACUAGUAUGUUUCUUUUGA